CACGCGCGCACGCAAAUUCACCGUCGACCAGAGUUCAAAUCUUCCCGCAACCGACUCCGGCAGCCGCGGCUCUUUCAAAACCGCUGUAAUAUCCCGGUUAGGAAAGCCAUCCGACGGCUCCUCCUUUAAUGCUUUGCUGAAUUUUAAUAGGAAGAAUGAAAUGCCAAUCGUGUCAGAACAACUGAAAAAGGAGAGAUAGGAGAGGCAGGUCGGAUAUCAGGCUGUUUGGAUGACGAGAUCACAGAACAAGAGCGAGGAGGCUAAACUUCAAUAGUCGUAACCGAAGACGGCUUCAAACGAGCGAGUCCUUGGACAAAGGCCUUUAAGUCAUGAUGCAAGAAGCGGGGACGACAAAGACGACCAGCAACGGAACGGCCAAUCAGAACGGCGUGGCAGCCGAGGGCGGGCUUAAAGACGUGAGAUCCAACGGAGCCGCUCCUUUCUAUGACCACACGGUUGCUGACCUCAUGACGCUUCAACAGCAUCAGGCACUACAAGUUGCAAGACAUCUUAUUCUUAAGCAGCAGCAACAGCAGCAGCAAAGUGGUGCCAUCAAAUCUACAAAAAGCAGUGAGAAGCAACCUGCACUGCAGGUGCCAGUUUCAUUGGCUAUGAUGACCCCUCAAGUAAUAACUCCUCAACAAAUGCAGCAGAUUCUUCAGCAGCAGGUUUUGAGCCCACAGCAGCUCCAAUUGCUCCUGCAGCAGCAACAGGCCCUGAUGUUACAGCAGCAGCACCUUCAGGACUUCUAUAAGAAGCAGCAAGAACAGCUCCACCUCCAGCUCCUCCAACAGCAACAUGGCAGCAAACAGCAGAGCAAGGAGGUUUCUGCUCAGCAGUUGGCGUUCCAGCAGCAGCUCCUUCAGGUUCAGCAGCUGCAGCAGCAGCAUCUGCUCAGUCUGCAGAGACAAGGCCUACUGUCCAUCCAGACCAACCAGAACCUGCCGCUGCACUCUCUCACUCAGGGCGUGAUUCCAGCUGAGCUGCAGCAGCUGUGGAAGGAGGUGACGAGCGCACACGUGAAGGAGGAGAACAGCGCCAAUAACAAUGGCCACCGAGGCCUGGACCUAUCCUCGGCUUCACCCGCUCCUCCCAAAAACCACCUCCUCAACCAGCACUCUACCACCAACGGCCAGUACAGCAGCCACACACUCAAGAGAGAGAGCUCUGCGCUGAAUGAACACACACACCACAGUCACCCUCUCUACGCACACGGCGUGUGUAAAUGGCCGGGAUGUGAAGCAGUCUUUGAUUACUUCCAGUCUUUUCUUAAACAUCUGAAUAAUGAGCACGCGUUAGACGACAGGAGUACGGCCCAGUGCCGAGUACAGAUGCAAGUGGUUCAGCAGCUGGAACUGCAGUUAGCGAAAGACAAAGAACGUCUGCAAGCUAUGAUGACUCACCUACACGUCAAGUCCACUGAACCCAAGGCCACCCCCCAGCCACUAAACCUGGUUUCCAACGCCACGCUGUCUAAGAUGGCCCCCGAGUCAUCACCACCACUGAACCUGCCUCAGACCCCGACGACGCCCACGGCCCCACUCACACCACUCUCCCAGACCCAUUCGGUCAUCACCCCCACCAGCCUGCACAGCGUCGGACCCAUUCGCAGACGCUACUCCGACAAGUACAGCAUGCCCAUAUCGCCAGAUAUCGGCCAAAACAUGGAGUUCUACAUGAAUACAGAUGUGCGUCCUCCCUUCACAUAUGCAUCGUUAAUACGGCAGGGAAUACUGGAGUCACCAGAGAGGCAGUUAACACUAAACGAGAUAUACAACUGGUUUACGCGAAUGUUUGCAUAUUUCAGGCGGAAUGCAGCUACAUGGAAGAAUGCAGUCCGGCAUAACCUUAGUCUGCACAAGUGUUUUGUGCGAGUAGAAAACGUUAAAGGGGCGGUAUGGACCGUUGACGAGCUAGAGUUCCAAAAGAGAAGGCCGCAAAAGAUCAGCGGAAGUCCAGCUCUAGUGAAAAAUAUUCAGACCAGUUUGGGAUAUGGUCCUGCCCUCUCAGCUGCCUUUCAGGCUUCGAUGGCAGAAAACAACAUACCUCUAUACACUACUGCUUCCAUCGGAAGCCCCACUCUUAACUCGCUCGCCAAUGCUUUCCGAGAGGAGAUAAAUGGGGCCAUGGACCACGGCAACAGCAACGGUAGUGACAGCAGUCCUGGACGCUCCCCCCUGCCAGCUAUGCAUCACAUCAGUGUUAAAGAAGAGCCGCUGGACCCGGACGAGCACGAAGGACCGCUCUCCUUGGUGACAGCGGUCAAUCACAGUCCAGACUUUGACCACCAUAGAGAUUACGAGGAUGACCACGGGAACGAGGACAUGCUGUAAGGCUGCUUUCCCUCAGGUCCUCUCCAGUGGGACCAAAAAAUUCAAACUGAAAUCAUCUGUGAGACCACUCCCAACCUAGCAAAUUCAGACUGGAUUCACCAGUCGCUUUUGUCGACAGCUAUGAAACAUGUUCCAUUUUACUCUUAGUGCCAUUAAUCAUGAGAUAAACGUGAGAUAAGAAAA